UUUUGGAGCAAAUUCUAAUGACCAAAUUUCCCUCUGGGAUUAAUAAAGUAUUUCUCAUUCUGAUUCUGAUUAGGCACCUGGUUAGAACCUGCCUGCUUGCCUGUCAGCUAUUUAAAUUUUGUUUAUCAAGAUCUCACCUAAUCACUCGACUCAUCCUUUAAACAAUAUCUGCAUUUGGCCCCUUCCCCUUGAUGACAGAAUUGACCAUGCAUGACAUUACUGUGUCUGAUUUAUAACUACUUUGCAAUAUGUUGUCUCAAUUAAAAAGCAAUGACUCCAUAUUCUGUUCUUUCCACAGCAGUAUGAACUUAUCAGAGUACAAGCUGUUGAUGGACGACCAAACGUAUGACUAUAACUCCACCAGCUGUGAUCAGGAUGCCUCUCCAGAGUUGCCUGACAGAGCCAUGCUGAUUCUUUGCUACUCUCUGUUUUGUCUGGGUCUACUAGGCAACAGCACACUUAUCUGGGUUCUCCUCCGGUACAUAAAGCUGAAGAGUAUGACUGAUGUAUGCCUCCUCAGUCUCUCUCUGUCUGACCUCAUACUGGCUGUAUCCCUGCCACACUGGGCCUACAACUCCAAGAACCUUGCAUCAUGCAAACUGAUGACAGGAAUUUAUCAGCUGGGUUUCUACAGUGGGACUAUGUUUGUGACCCUAAUGAGUUUGGAUCGCUACCUAGCCAUUGUCCAUGCAGUUUCAGCCAUGCGAGCCCGGACACUUCGCUGCGGCAUCAACGCCAGCAUCGCUAUCUGGAUUAUUUCCAUCCUCAUGGUAGUCCCUCAGGUGAUGUUUGCCUCCUUGGAAAUAUAUGAAGAUGACAACAGCUCUCAUUGCCAGCCACUGUACCCAGAAGACUGGCAGUUUUUCUGGAAGAUGCAACGAAACUUCAGCGAGAACAUAGUGGGCCUCUUUGUUUGCCUCCCCAUCAUGAUCUUCUGUUAUGUCAAAAUCCUUGUUGUGCUAUCCAAGUCCAGGAACUCCAAAAGGGACAAAGCUGUGAGGCUGAUAUUGACCAUAGUGUGUGUGUUUAUAGUGUGCUGGGUCCCUUACAAUGUCACAGUUUUCCUUCAGACGCUGCAGCUACUCAACGUCCUCAACACCUGUGAAGCAUCGACAACUAUCGAAACGGCCACGCGCUUCGCUGAGAUCAUUGCUCUGUGCCAUUGCUGUGUCAACCCGAUCAUAUACGCCUUUGUAGGGGAGAAGUUUAGAAAGUGCCUGAGCGGUGUUCUUACAAGGUGCCUUGGGUUGAGUCACCAGAGAGGGGGGACAUCAAGCAUCAGAGACACCACAGAGAAAGAGACAUCUAACACACCUGUGAGAUCAGAGUUUUAGCAAAGAUAAACAUGCAUAGCUUUUCUUGAGUUGUUAUGUGCAAGUGUGUGUGUGUGUGUGCAUGUGGUGCUUCAUAGAACUGUGAUGAAUUUUUGAAUAUUCCAAGUAAGAAAAGAUAAUACUUUAUAUUGAAAGUUCAUACAAUUGUAUAAAACAUGUAUUCAAUCGUUUUAGAAUUUUAAUUGUUGUUUUAUAGGUGCAAAAUAAAAUAAACAAAUCAAAGUU